AUGUCUCCUUCUCCUUCUUUAGGAGACAGUCUGUCUUAUAGAGACAGUAUUGUUGCUGCUGCUUGCUGCGUAAGUAAUAAAGUAGCUGGUUUGCUGCCUCUCUUUGCAUUAGAUGAAGAUCAAGGGCCUCCAAACCCACAGGGGGGCCCCCCCCUUCCUUCUGAGACCUUCACUCGCAGCUUCUUGCGGCUGCAGCAGCAAUUCCGAACGCGAGCGGAGCAGAUGCUGAAGCAGAAGCAGCAGCAGCAGCAGCAGCAGGAAGCAGCAGCAGCAGCAGCAGCAGGAAGCAGCAGCAGCACCUGGGCCAAGCCCUUAUAUGCCCCCUCUCAUGUCUCUCUCUCACAACAUCUCGAUGAAGAGACAGUAAAAGGAGGAGACAUGCAAGAAGAUCUCAAUAUAGAUGGUGUCAUAUCAGCUUUGCUAGAGCGCAGCGGCGCAGCAGCAGGUGCAGCAGCAGCAACAGGUGCUGCAGCAGCAGCACCCCCAGCAGCAGCCGGCGCAGCAGCAGAAACAGGUGCAGCAGCAGCAACAGGUGCAGCAGCAGGAGCAGCAGCAAAAGAGAAGGAAGAUUUAACUCAGUUUGCUGACCUUGAACCCCUAUCAAACGAGCAGCUGCUGCAGCAGCUGCGGCUGCAGCUGCAAGCAACAAAAUAUCUGCAGCAAGGGCUGCUCCCUCCUGCGGAGUUAAUGCGUGAAGUUGCUGCAUGCAUGCCCCGAAAAGUGCGUGAAGAAAUGUUAUCUAGACCCUCAGUGAUGCUUCAGGUGUCUAGGCAGCUCAAUGCGUCUUCAAGGACGGCUGUCUUAGAACAACUUGAAGACAGGAAGAGACUGCUAGACUGCGUGUUAAGCGAAGACCCGAAAGUGCGAGAGAGAUUUCAGCACAUCUGCAGUCUACCCGACCACGUCCGCAGGCAAGCGAAGCUGGAGCGGCGUCUGUGCAGUCUCUCUGCUUUUCAGCAGUGUCUCCGCAGCAGCAUUUUACAAGAGGCGAGGAAGCAGUCGCUGCCUUUAGCAGAUUUGCUGCUGGAGCCGCAGCCCUCUCGGGUGCAGCAAGCAUCAGCAGCACGAGCAGCACUUUUUGCUGCUCUAGAUCCCUUAGGCGUUGCAGACCCGGAGGCCCCUGAGCUUGUGCAAAAGGCACAGAAGGCAAGAACAGUAGCAGCUUCAGCUGUACGUGCUGUCUUCUCUCCUGCUAAUCUUCGGUGCUGCCUAUACACCCCAAGGGAGAGACGAGAGCAGCAGCGACAGGUUAAUUGGGAGAGGAUUGUGCAGCAGCAAUCGGGGUGUCUCCAGAGACACUGGAGGAGACAGCGCGAAGCAGCAGCAGCACUAGCAGCAGAUGCUGCUUCUCAAGUAGCUCAGAUGGAGCAAGUUAAGCUCGCCAUUAGAGAAAAAGAACAAAAAGAAAGGAUGCGUCUGCUGAAGGAGAAUGACAUUGAAGCGUAUACGAAGCUGGUGCAGCAAACAAAAAACGAGAGACUACAAGAGCUGCUGCGUGCAACAGAAGAAUUUCUAGAGUCUCUUGGACGCAAGGUGCAGAUACAGAAGAUGGAGACAGACAGACUGCAGGCGCAGUCUCAGCUCGGUGGAAAGGGUGGAGAGAGCAGCAGCGAGUCUGCAGCAGGGGCGAAGACAUCAGGCGAAGAAGAAAAGAAGAGAGACAGUUAUUAUACUCUCUCGCAUGCAGUUCGUGAAGAAGUGCAGCAGCCUCAAUCUCUAAUUGGGGGCACCUUAAUGCCUUAUCAAAUGGCUGGGCUGCAGUGGAUGCUCUCGCUCUAUAACAACAACCUACACGGCAUACUAGCGGACGAGAUGGGUCUAGGAAAGACGAUUCAGACGAUUGCAUUGCUAGCCUAUUUAAAAGAGUUUAAAAAUAACGCAGGGCCUCAUCUUAUUAUCGUCCCUCUCUCUACUCUCUCUAACUGGGCAGACGAAUUGCAGCGAUGGGCUCCUUCUUUAAAGGUUAUGAUCUUCAAGGGGGCUCGUUUGGAGCGUCGUCAGCUGCAGCGUCAGCUUAAGCAAAUAGAUUUUAAUGUUUGUCUGACUACAUUUGAUCUUGCUAUAAGAGAAAGAAACGCACUUGCAACCCCCAGCUGGAGAGGUUUCAGUGCUUUGUGUGGAGGGGAUAAGGCUUGGGGGUGGUUUAGUCAGCCCUUUGAGGUGCACGGGAUGUCUCCAGAUAGAAGUCAGGAGACAGCCAAUGGGGGAAGCUCUUUAUUAAAUGAAGAAGAGCAGCUGCUUGUUAUUCAUCGUUUGCAUGCAGUCUUAAGACCCUUUCUUUUAAGAAGAAUUAAAAAGGAUGUUCUUAAAGACAUGCCGGAGAAAAAAGAAUACUUAGUGCAUAUCCCCCUCACAGAGUGGCAAAGACUU